CAGUCGGAUCGAUUGUUGCUCGUCCGUCACGAUUUCCGCAGUUCCAGACAGUGGCGGUUCCAAGAGGACUACGAGGCGAUUGAGUGUCAAGACGGAUCGCGACCUUCGGACCAGCUCUGAUGCUCAUCGAGUAACCGGUUUUAACGUAUCACCGACACGCGAUCCCCAGCUCCGAAAAUGGGUUCGCUCUUCCGCAGUGAGGAGAUGACCUUGUGUCAGUUGUUCCUUCAAAGUGAGGCCGCUUACGCCUGUGUCUCCGAGCUCGGCGAGCUCGGUCUCGUACAGUUUCGUGAUUUGAAUCCUGAUGUUAACGCCUUUCAACGUAAAUUCGUGAAUGAGGUACGUCGUUGCGAUGAGAUGGAGCGCAAACUGCGCUACCUUGAGAAGGAGAUCAAGAAGGAUGGGAUCCCGAUGUUGGACACCGGUGAAAAUCCAGAGGCGCCGCAGCCCCGAGAGAUGAUCGACUUGGAGGCAACUUUUGAGAAAUUGGAGAAUGAACUCCGGGAAGUGAAUCAGAACGCGGAAGCGCUCAAACGUAACUUCCUCGAGCUGACUGAGUUGAAGCAUAUCUUGCGAAAGACUCAAGUCUUCUUCGACGAGGCUGAGCACGGAGGUGUCGUGUCGCAGAUGGCAGAUCCCAGCCGUGAGGAAGAACAAGUCACUCUGUUGGGUGAGGAGGGCCUCCGCGCCGGCGGCCAGGCUCUCAAGCUCGGCUUCGUCGCGGGAGUUAUUCUGAGGGAACGCAUCCCUGCGUUCGAGCGCAUGCUGUGGCGUGCGUGCCGUGGAAAUGUCUUUCUGCGUCAGGCGGAGAUCGAGACUCCUUUGGAGGAUCCUUCGACGGGGGACCAAGUGUACAAGUCAGUCUUCAUCAUUUUCUUCCAAGGCGAUCAGCUGAAAACUCGCGUGAAGAAGAUCUGCGAGGGCUUCAGGGCGACUUUGUAUCCCUGCCCGGAAGCGCCGGCUGAUCGCAGGGAGAUGGCUAUGGGCGUCAUGACACGCAUCGAAGACUUGAAUACUGUCUUAGGGCAGACGCAGGAUCAUCGUCAUCGUGUUCUCGUGGCUGCUGCGAAGAACAUCAAGAACUGGUUCGUCAAGGUCCGCAAGAUCAAGGCGAUCUAUCACACUCUGAAUCUUUUCAACUUGGAUGUCACUCAGAAGUGUCUGAUCGCUGAGUGUUGGGUGCCUGUUUUGGACAUCGAGACAAUCCAGCUGGCUCUGAGACGCGGAACGGAACGUAGCGGGAGUUCCGUACCUCCGAUUCUGAAUCGUAUGGAAACGUUCGAGGAUCCGCCGACGUACAACCGCACGAACAAGUUCACGAAGGGCUUCCAGGCGCUGAUCGAUGCCUACGGAGUCGCCUCUUACCGCGAGAUGAACCCCGCACCCUAUACCAUCAUCACGUUCCCGUUUUUGUUCGCGAUAAUGUUCGGCGACAGCGGCCACGGUCUCAUUAUGUUCCUGUUUGGCGGCUGGAUGGUGCUGAAGGAGAAGCCGUUGGCGGCGAAGAAGAGCGACAACGAGAUCUGGAACAUUUUCUUCGCCGGUCGCUACAUCAUUUUCCUCAUGGGUCUGUUCUCCAUGUAUACGGGUCUCAUUUACAACGACGUAUUCUCCAAGUCGCUUAACAUCUUUGGUUCCAAUUGGCUCAUAAAUUACAAUGAGUCCACUGUAGCGACUAACAAGGAACUGCAGCUGAAUCCGAGUUCGGGAGAUUACAUCGACUAUCCAUACCCAUUCGGCAUAGAUCCCGUAUGGCAGUUGUCAGAGAACAAGAUCAUCUUCCUGAACUCGUACAAGAUGAAGAUCUCCAUUAUCUUCGGCGUGCUGCACAUGCUGUUCGGCGUGAUAGUCGGCCUAUGGAACCACAUGUACUUCAAGAAGCGCAUCAACAUCAUCUGCGAGUUUAUACCCCAGGUGAUCUUCCUCAUGUUGCUCUUCUUUUACAUGGUGUUGCUUAUGUUCAUCAAGUGGAUUACGUAUGGACCGAAGAACGAUGAGGAUUCCGGCCCGGCCUGCGCGCCCUCGGUUCUCAUCACCUUUAUCAAUAUGGUCCUCUUCAAGCCCAAGCCUAAGCCAAUCGAACCAGCUAUCCCAACCAAAAUCGAAAAAUGCGAUCCCUUCAUGUAUAGUGGUCAGCAUGGUCUACAGCGAUUCCUGGUAGUUCUGGCUCUGCUCUGCGUGCCAUGGAUGCUGUUCGCGAAGCCGAUUCUAAUGAUGCGCAGUCGCAAGAAGCAACACUACCAGCUCAACAACCACGGCGCCGAGAAUGGUGACGUGGAGGGCGGCAUGGGAGCCUUACAGGCAUCUGGUGGCGUUACUCAGGCGGCCGGUGGCGGCGGCCACAAGGAGGAAGAGGAAGACAUGAUGGAGGUGUUUAUUCAUCAAGGUAUCCACACCAUCGAGUACGUUCUUGGCAGCGUAUCACACACUGCGUCCUAUCUGCGUCUCUGGGCCUUGUCUUUGGCCCACGCCCAGCUGUCCGAGGUGUUGUGGAUCAUGGUGAUGAAAAACGGCCUGGCGAGGGAAGGCUGGGACGGCGGUAUCAUCCUUUACGUCGUCUUCGCCUUCUGGGCGGUACUCACCGUAGGCAUUCUCGUACUCAUGGAGGGCCUUUCCGCGUUCUUGCAUACGUUACGUUUGCAUUGGGUGGAGUUCCAGAGCAAGUUCUACGCCGGUUUGGGCUAUAGCUUCCAGCCAUUCUCCUUCGAGAUUAUCCUAGACGCUGCUCAGGCCACUACUGAAGAUUAAUUUAAUAAUAGACGUUAAUUAAACGGUCGUUACUGAUUAUCGUUGUCAGUGGAAGUUUGGCGAAGUCGUAAAUUUGAUAGUUGCUCCCCCAAACAAGUCAGUUAUGAAUAAUUAAUGAAUGAGACGCCUCUUAUGAAUGGAUACGCGUAGAGUGUCGAUUCAGCCGUUAUAAUCUGUCAGAGUGCAAAGUAAUAUCCGCGUAGUCGUUGAAAUAUAAGUGAGCAGCGGUUUCGUUUAAUAAAACUACAAGAUUUGUUACACAAGAUCAUUACUUGAGUAUAUUAUCGCUGCUAUAACUUGUUUUCUUAUUUGUUGAAAAAAUUGCAAUUGAAUUCGGAGUUAAUACACAUUUUUUUGUCCUUAUCACAAAAUUGACGUGUUAAUUAUUUACAUUUUUUUAAAUAUUAUUUUUUUUUAAUAUUGCAAGUCUCGCAACUUUAUGAAGUGUUAUGUGAGUGAUGCGGAAUUCAUUCUGCACACUGUAGAAUCUGUAGAUCUGAAAACAUAUACACGUAUACGUCGCGAAAGCGACGACAAUCGAUUGAUGUUCCGUAUAUCUGUACGUAAUAAAGAAUGUGGCAAAUUGAAGGAAAACUUGAUCAUUCAUGAGUGAUUGCGUCAUUCUUUGACGCAGUGUACUCAAUGAGACAAUGUAUUCACGCAAUUGUCUAGGCUAAUUCCGCUUGAAAUACAAUCUUGAAAUUCCAGA